AUGACUUUGCUAUAUCCAAUGCUACAUUACCUUCUACUGGCCUCAGUUUCUGGUGAAUGUGUGACGAAGCUGUUCAGAGGCAUCUACUUUCAAGGAGGAGAUAUUACUACUGUUUUUACACCAAAUGCUAAGCACUGCCAACUGGUUUGCACCUAUCAUCCAAGAUGUCUGCUCUUCACUUUUAUGGCUGAGUCAUCUGCAGAUUCUACUAAGUGGUUUACUUGCAUCCUGAAGGACAGCAUUACAGAAUCACUGCCAAGUGUGAAUUUGACAGGAGCCAUAUCCGGGUAUUCUUUCAAGCAAUGUACACACCAAAUAAGUGCCUGCAACAAAGAUGUUUAUAUGGACCUAGACAUGAAGGGCAUGAAUUACAAUAGCUCUGUUAUGAGGAAUGCCCAGGAAUGCCAAGAGAGAUGCACGAAUGACAUCCACUGUCAGUUCUUCACCUAUGCAACAAGGCAGUUCCCCAGUGUAGAACAUCGUAACAUCUGUCUGUUGAAGUACACCCAAUCAGGGACACCAACCCGAAUAACGAGACUCAACAAAGUGGUAUCUGGAUUUUCCUUGAAACCCUGCGCACUUUCUAACCUGGCCUGUAUAAGGGACAUUUUCCCUAGCACAGUGUUUGCUGACAAUAACAUUGACAGUGUUGUGGCUCCAGAUGCUUUUGUCUGUCGCAGCAUUUGUACACAUCAUCCCAACUGUUUGUUUUUUACAUUCUUUUCCCAAGAAUGGCCAAAUGCAUCUCAAAGAAAUCUUUGUCUCCUUAAAACAUCUGAAAGUGGAUUGCCAAGUACACGCAUUAGAAAGAACAACGCUGUUUCUGGUUUCAGUCUACAAACCUGCAGGCACAGUGUCCCAGUGUUCUGCCAUUCUUUGUUUUACCACGAUACUGCUUUUUUGGGUGAAGAAUUGGACAUUGUUGAUGUGAAAGGUCAUGAAGCCUGCCAGAAAGUGUGCACCAAUACUGUCCGAUGCCAAUUUUUCACCUAUUCAUCUGAAGAAUCUUGCAACAAAGAAAAGGGCAGAUGUUAUUUGAAACUUUCUUCAAAUGGAUCUCCAACGAAAAUACUUCAUGGGAAGGGAAGCAUCUCUGGAUAUACAUUAAGGUUAUGUAAAAUGGAUAAUGAGUGCACAACCAAGAUCAAGCCCAGAAUUGUUGGAGGAAAUGCCUCUGUUCAUGGUGAGUGGCCUUGGCAGGUAACUCUGCACAUCACAUCACCAAGCCAAAAACACCUGUGUGGAGGUUCCAUCAUUGGAAACCAGUGGAUAUUAACAGCUGCUCAUUGCUUCUAUGGGGUACAAUCACCUAAAAUUUUGCGUGCUUAUGGUGGAAUUUUAAAUCAAUCCGAAAUAAAAGCAGAUACACCUUUCUUUAAGGUUCAAGAAAUAAUAAUUCAUGAGCAAUACAAAACAGCAGAAAGUGGGUAUGAUAUUGCUCUGUUGAAACUGGAAACAACAAUUAGUUAUACAGAUUCUCAACGACCCAUAUGCCUACCCUCUAAAGGAGACAGAUAUGUAAUGUACACUGACUGCUGGGUGACUGGAUGGGGUUACAGGAAAUUAAACGACAAAAUACAAAAUACUCUCCAAAAAGCCAAGAUACCCCUGGUGGCCAAUGAAGAAUGCCAGAAAGGAUACAAAAAACACAAGAUAACCAGUGGGAUGAUCUGUGCUGGCUAUAAAGAGGGGGGGAAGGAUGCUUGUAAGGGCGAUUCGGGAGGCCCCCUGUCGUGUAAGCACAACGAGGUCUGGCACUUGGUGGGCAUCACGAGCUGGGGGGAAGGCUGUGCUCAGAGGGAACGGCCUGGCGUUUACACCAAUGUGCUCAAGUAUGUGGACUGGAUCCUAGACAGAACACAAGCACCCUGA